AUGAACCUUGACGAGAAACCAACCAUGGCUUCAAGGGCUGCACCUCAAGCCGAACAUCUCUACUACGUCCGUUGUAGCAUCUGUAACACCAUCCUCGCGGUUGGAAUACCAUUGAAGAGAAUGCUUGACACUGUCACGGUGAAAUGUGGCCAUUGCGGUAACCUCUCCUUUCUCACCACAACGCCUCCUCUUCAAGGCCAUGUCAGCCUCACCCUUCAGAUGCAGAGCUUUGGUGGGAGUGAAUACAAGAAGGGAAGCUCUUCUUCUUCCUCUUCAUCUACCUCCAGUGACCAGCCACCAUCUCCCAGACCACCCUUCGUCGUUAAACCUCCUGAGAAGAAGCAGAGACUUCCAUCGGCUUACAACCGCUUCAUGAGAGAUGAGAUUCAACGCAUCAAAAGUGCGAAUCCGGAAAUACCACAUCGUGAAGCUUUUAGCGCCGCUGCCAAAAAUUGGGCUAAGUACAUACCCAACUCUCCUACUUCCAUUACUUCCGGAGGCAACAACAUCAAUGGUUUGGGAUUCGGUGAGAAGAAGUGA